UCGCGAGUGUACGGUAACACGUCACGUUUCUAAUUAGCAUAACAUCGCGAGACUUGGUGGCUACGUCCCCCCCCCCGUCAAGCGAAGGAGUACGCGCGGUGGUCUCUCGCCCAACAUGGCGGAGUACCUGGCGUCCAUCUUCGGCACGGAGAAAGACAAGGUCAACUGCUCCUUCUACUUCAAGAUCGGUGCCUGUCGGCAUGGUGACCGCUGCUCACGCCUGCACAACAAACCGACCUUCAGCCAGACCAUAUGCCUGCUGAACCUGUACCAGAACCCACAGAAUGUGGCCCAGACGGCCAACGGGACAACCUGUAUGAUCAGCGAUGUCGAGAUGCAGCAGCAUUAUGACGACUUCUUCGAGGAGGUGUUUGUGGAGCUGGAGGAGAAGUACGGAGAGAUUGAGGAGAUGAACGUCUGCGACAACCUGGGAGAUCACCUGGUCGGAAACGUCUACAUCAAGUUCCACUCUGAGGAGGAUGCAGAAAAGGCCGUCAACGACCUCAACAACCGUUGGUUCAACGGGCAGCCCAUCCAGGCUGAGCUCUCUCCUGUCACUGACUUCCGGGAGGCCUGCUGCCGCCAGUACGAGAUGGGGGAGUGCACACGUGGAGGCUUCUGCAACUUCAUGCACCUCAAGCCCAUCUCUCGCGAGCUGCGUCGGGAACUGUAUGGACGUGGCAAGCGCAAGCGACGCCGUUCCCGGUCACGCUCGCGGGAACGUCGUCGAUCUCGCUCCAAGGAACGGCGCCCUGACCGCAGCCGUGAGAGACGUCGUUCCAAGGAGCGCGCCGGCCGCUUCUGAAGCAGUGGCUUCCUUGCUCCCCUCCCCUUCUUUAGCUCCCUCUCUCGCUUGCUGGCUCCCUUCUUCACCUCACCCCUCACUUCUUUUAUCCCUCGCCUCCUUUCCAUGCCUCCUUGCUCACUCCCUCAUUCGCUCCCUCCCUCACCUCCCAUGCUUCCUCCCUCUCUCGCAGCCUUCCUCACUCACCUCCCUCACUCAUUCCGCCCCCUCCCCCCAACUCGCUCCCUUGUUCGUUUACGAGAGAGCAGAUUUUACGUAAACUACCAGGGCUGCAAAGGGCUUCUGUCUGCACGUGCACACUCACUCGCAAGCACGACAGCCCGCAAGGCAAUUUCUGUACAAAUACGAGCAUUAUACAUGCCGCUCCCCACGUGAGCAUCCGUUUUUACCGAUACCAUCUUCACACCACGCAUGCGUGCACACAAUUUCUGAGGCCGAUCUUAAAGGUUGCAGGUUUAACUCAAGGUUGCACCAAAGAAAGUUUGGCUGACUUAAUUUGGGUCCCUUUGGCUCCCAGCGGCCAGUUGCAGUGGCCGACCUGCAGUGUUGUGUAACGCAAGUUAAUUUGUAUUCAUCGCGAAUGAAACAGUUUAACCUUGACUUCAAACCUGCAGUCUUGUUAAUUUAAAGUGUUGAGUCAUACCCCAGCAGGUCGUGUCUGUUGCGUGUUAAACAGUCUAACAUGUAGCGUCUGUGUAAGUUGCACUGCGUUGUAGGAUUUCAUUAUAAAAUCACAAAAGACCAAAAAAACCUGACUGUUUUCCUCUUUUUAUUUGCCAUUAAGAGAACGUCGCUUGUGUCGUUAAUUUUGUAUCUGGAGUAAUCCACGAAUAAAGACCCAUUUGGUGCCGUA